CCGGAGCUGAACGCUCAAUUCCCAUCGAACGAGCUCCUUGAUCUCGACUUUCUCUCAAACGCGGCUCAAUAGUCUAGCGCUUUUCUCUGACAGCCAGGACAAACAGCUCAGCCACACCGGCCCAGUUGUGCCGCUGUAACCCCAGGUCCCACGCCUCAGAGUACAGUCUCAACGGUCUUGCAGGAUCAAGAUGGACGAACCAAGCCAGGACUUUGGCGACCAAGCCCAGAGCUUUCAAAACAACUUUCCCCUGACAACCGACGAUGCCAAUAUUGAUCCAUUACUCAACUGCACAACGGGAGCUCAGGUGUCCCCGAUUGUUAGCAAUCCCAUGGACAACCAGCUUCUCAUAGGCUCUGACAUGUGGAACCCGAUGAACAACCCCGUCCACUUCUUCCCUCCCUCCAUGCCAGCAAUGGCACCAACAGCUUUGAACAACAGUCCAAAAGUGCCUACCGAUACGCCUUCAACCCCAGAAACUCCAUUCAGUGAGGCCACAUCUGGCGGCCCAACACGGCAAUCGAGUAAAUCGUCUAUCCCCUCUGUCGAUUCAGUCAACACCGACACCAAACCUCGGCGCAGCAGCAGAGUUACCAAGACACAACGUCAACAGCCACCGGCUGUCGCCAAGCCGCGCCAAAGAAGAGCAUCCAAGGAGCCAUCGCUGAAGGAGGAAGAUGAGGGCGAAGAUGAUGGACUUGAUGAGACGGCCAAACGCAGCAAGUUCCUUAAACGAAACAGGAUCGCUGCGUCCAAAUGUCGUCAGAAGAAGAAGGAGUGGAUGAGUCAAUUGGAGGAAACCCGGAAAGAUUUGGAGGGUGAGAACAAUACCCUGCACAAACAGUACAACGGCCUCGUGGACGAGUUGAGCACCAUCAAGAACCAACUUAUGCAGCACGCAUCUUGCAAUGAUGCCAACAUCGACCAGUGGCUUGACAACGAGGCAAGGAAAUACGUUCAGCGCAUUGCAGCGCAGAGCAAACAGCCUCCUCCAGUACCGCCACAAAAUAGACCUGGUGAAUUUUACAAUACGCAUCGUCGUAGCUCAAGUGUUGCCACCUCUAUACCGCCAUCGAUAGAAUCAGAAAUCAUCUACGACCGUGUGCCGGAUAAUCUUGUUAAUUCGAGACAUUGAGUGUAAUUUGAUGUGGUGGAUAGCUGACACACCGACGGAAAAUGGUGGUUUGAGUUGAGGAGCCAAGCUAGACCCAACUCCACACGG